UCUAGCUCCGGAGCCGUUGUUUUUAAACAUGAAGAGUUAGCUGUUAGCUGUGGGCAAAGCACUGUAGGAACUAGGAUGUGGGAAGUCCUCUGAAAUUAAGAUUUUAAACUGACAUUUAACGAUAGUACUGGAGUGUUAUGAGGCUGCAGCGGUUAGCGAAGCUAAGCUAACUAACGCGUUCCUGAAAUGGGAGAUAGCCCAGAUUCUCAUGUUCCUCUGUCAUCACUGCGCCUCCUGGUUCCUCCGUUGCGGCUGAUGUCCGCUUGCAUGUGGCAGGUUGCACAGGAGAGAAACGUGGAGCAGUAUGAAUAUCUGGCAGAAUUCAUCACGCUGGUGACACAGAUGGUCCCAGAGCUUCUGAACUACAAACAGAGGACUCAGCUUAUUCUCGGACUCAGAGCUCAGAUCAUUCUUGAGUCACUAAAGAAUGACUGUAACGACUGUAAAGCUUUUCAGGAUCAUCUCAACAGUUUCCAGCAGAGUACGACAGAACACAUUCUUGAAGAGGACCAGUCUAGAGAGGUUGAAAUUUCAAAGUCUGCCUUUGUGGAGCUGGUUCAAACAUUGUUUAGAGAUCAGGCUGAAAAAGAGCACUUUUUCAAGGAGGUCUUCCCAGUCGAGUAUGGAGAUGAUUUUGAUACAGCGCUGCAAAUCCUAGCGUGGGAAUUCCUGACCCGACUGGAAGAGUUUUUUCCAGUGCCAAGUUUUUCAAAAAUAUCCUCCAUGUUUGAUGUUACUUCCCUUGACUGCAAGCUGGAGCAGUUUGUCUCUGAUCAUGAAGCUCUGAAGAUAAUUUUGCAUCAUCAAAAGGAGCAAGAAAUGUUAUUCAAAAGUGAAUUCAUCUUCACAUCCGACACCAUCCUGUCCUCGCUCGCAUCCAAACAAACUUUAGUGUCAUCUGAAGAUUAUAUUGAUCAAACGCACAAAGGAGCCAGCAGACAAAACAGUGAGAAAUCAUUGGGAGGAAAUGAAGACGACUUGUGUGAAGAUGACGAUGAAGAGACUGAUGACAGUUCUGAUGAAACUAAUCUAACCUCUCUGCCGCAGAAGUUUGAACUGUCACCAGUCACAUCCUCAAGGUUUUCUGGGGAGAAUGGUGCAGAAGGUGGUGAAAGAGCCUUCCAGAUACUCAGAUGCUCUGAGAACAUUAUGGAAGAAGCGAAGCAACAUUUGGAUCUGAACAGAAACAAUGAGGAACAGAGCAUGAACCAUUCCUUGACAGAAGACAGAGCCAAAGACUCUCUUCCAUCCAGAGAAAACCUUACAAGAAAAAGUAAACACACCUGCCCAGAGUGUGGAAAGACAUGUUCAACUUCCUACCGUUUGAAGAGCCACCUUAUAGCUCACUCUUCAGUGCAGUCGUUCAAGUGCAAUCAGUGCGACAAGUCAUAUAAAAGACACAAAGACCUGAAGCUACAUCUCCGUAGACACUCUACAUCUGAAGUCCCUUCCAUCGCUUGCAGUCAGUGUGACAAGACAUUCAGCUCUCAGUCUUUGCUUGAAGUUCAUCUUUUAGAUCACCGUGGAGAGGAGCCUUUGGCCUGUCAGUUAUGCGACAAGAGGUUCCCGACAAACUCAGUCCUGAAGACACACAAGUGUAUUCACACCGACUCUGCCCAGUUGUCAGAUAGUGAAGCACCCUUGCAGCCACCAAGAUGUUCAGAGAACUUAACUGAAGAAGCAAAGCAACAGUUGGAUCUGAGCAAAAACAAUGAGGAAGACAGCAUGAUCCGAUCCUCGACAGAAGACAGAGCCAGGGUCUCUCUUCCAUCCACAGAGAACCCUUCAAGGAAAAGAAAACACAUCUGCCUGCAGUGUGGAAAGACAUUUUCAACUUCCACCCACUUGAAGAGCCACCUUAUAGCCCACUCUUCAGUGCGGUCUUUCAAGUGCACUCAGUGCGACAAGUCGUAUAAAAGAUACAGAGACCUGAAGGACCAUCUCUUCAUACACUGUGCACCUAAAACCCCUUCCAUUGCUUGUAGUCAGUGUGAAAAGACAUUCAGCUCUCAGUCUUUGCUUGAAGUUCAUCUUUUAGAUCACAGUGGAGAGGAGCUGUUGGCCUGUCCGCACUGUGACAAGAGGUUCCUGACAAACUCAGACUUGAUGUCGCACAUGCGUAUUCACACCGACUCUGGCCAGUUGUCAGAUAGGGAAGCAGUUUUGCAGGAACCCAGAUGUUCAGAGAACUUAACUGAAGAAGCAAAGCAACAUUUGGAUCUGAACAGAAACAAGGAAGAAGAGAGCAUGAACUAUUCCUUGAAGGAAGGUGGAGCCAAUGUCUCUCUUCCAUCCACAGAGAACCCUUCAAGAAAAAGUAAACACGCCUGCCCAGUGUGUGGAAAGACAUUUUCAACUCCCUCCAGCUUGAAGAGCCAUCUUACAGCUCACUCUUCAGUGCGGUCCUUCAAGUGCACUCAGUGCGACAAGUCGUAUAAAAGAUACAGAGACCUGAAGGACCAUCUCUUCAUACACUCUUCACCUAAAAUCCCUUCCAUUGCUUGCAGUCAAUGUGAAAAGACAUUCAGCUCCCAGUCUUUGUUUGAAGUUCAUCUUUUAGAUCACAGUGGAGAGGAGCUGUUGGCCUGUCCGCACUGUGACAAGAGGUUCCUGACAAACUCAGACUUGAAGUCACACAUGCACAUUCACACUGACUCUGCCCAGUUGUCAGAUAGUGAAGCACCCUUGCAGGCACCCAGAUGUUCAGAGAGCUUAACUGAAGAAGUGAAGCAACAGCUGGAUCUGAGCAGAAGCAAUGAGGAAGAGAGUCCCAUCCAGUCCUUGACAGAAGACAGAGCCAGUGUCUCUCAUCCAUCCACAGAGAACCCUUCAAUUAAAAGUAAACACACCUGCCCAGAGUGUGGAAAGACAUUUUCAUCUUCCUCCAAUUUGAAGAGCCACCUUAUAGCUCACUCUUCAGUGCAGUCAUUCAAGUGCACUCAGUGUGACAAGUCGUAUAAAAGACACAAAGACCUGAAGCUACAUCUCCGUAGACAUCCUACUCCUAAAACCCCUUCCAUUGCUUGUAGUCAGUGUGAGAAGACAUUCAGCUCUCAGUUUUUGCUUGAAGUUCAUCUUUUAGAUCACAUUGGAAAGGAGCUGUUUGCUUGUCCGCACUGUGACAAAAGGUUCAUGACAAACUCAGUCCUGAAGAAACACGUGUGCAUUCACGUCGACUCCUCCUUGUUGUCAGAUGGUGAAGCAGCCUUGCAGGCACCCAGAUGUUCAGAGAACUUACCUGAAGAAUCAAAGCAACAUUUGGAUCUGAGCACAAACAAGGAGGAAGACAGCACGGUCCAGUCCUCGACAGGAGACAGAGCUAGUGUCUCUCUUCCACCCAGAGAGAACCCUUCAAGCGAAAGUGAAAACACUUGCCCAGAGUGUGGCAAGACAUUUUCAACUCCCAUCCACUUGAAGAGCCAUCUUGUAACUCACUCUUCGGUGCGGAUGUUCAAGUGCACUCAGUGUGACAAGUCAUAUAAAAGAAAGAAAGACCUGAAGGAACACCUGUUUAGACACUUUUCACCUAAAAUCCCUUCAAUUGCUUGCAGUCAAUGUGAGAAGAAAUUCAAUUCUCAGUCUUUGCUUAAAGUUCAUCUUUUACAUCACAGUGGAGAGAGGCCGUUUGCCUGUCAGUACUGCGACAAGAGGUUCCUGACAAAAACAGUCAUGAAGACGCACAUGCGCAUUCACACAGACGAGCGCCCGUACCCUUGUCAUCUCUGCGACAGGAAAUUCAGGCAGUUGGGUGCGCGUACUGUGCACAUCAGGAUGCACAUGAACGACAGGACGUACCUUUGCAGCACUUGCGGGAUGUCCUUCUGCAGCUCCGGGGCUCUGCUGGUGCAUACGCGCAGUCAUACAGGGGAGCGACCUUAUCCGUGCGAAUACUGUGACAAAAGAUUUCCCACAGCCAUACAUCGGACACAACAUCAGAGAUCCCACACAGGAGAGAGGCCGUAUGCUUGCUCAGAGUGUGACAAAGCAUUCCCCACUGGUUCAGCACUGAAGAACCACAUGAGGACACACACAGGGGAGAAACCUUACAAGUGCUUAACGUGUCACAAGACAUUUUCUCAAAAAUCCAACAUGAGAAUACAUCUGAAAGUCCACAAGAUCAUCUAGCGUACUGCAAUUCUGUGUCAAGAUUGUUGUUUUGAAGCAUAUUCCUUUCAAUUAAUCCUUUUUUUUUUUUAAAUCUAUUACAUGUAAAUAUGGAAACUUCAGUCUCCUGUUGUUCUGUUUGAGCCAAAUUAAUAUUUUUACUGCUUUAUUAAUGUUAUUUUAAUGUAACAUUAUGUGCAGAACCAUAUACAGUAACCUAGAACUGGAAAUAAAUCCUCAAAGAUAAACAUUUUUAUUGUGCAUCACAUCAGAGUACUGCAUGUGUAUUUGCAAUAAAGAUAUGCUGGUAAGCUGAUCUGAUGUUACACAGGUAAAGUUACAGCAUAUUACUAUGUCUAAAUUGUGUCAAAUACGUAUUAUGUGGGAAACUAAAAAUAAUUAAGUCUGAGCUUAUUGAGGAACUCUUAUUUUGAAAACUGACAGCUGACCACUUAUCGAUGUUACUGCAGUAACCCCAACACCAGAUUUUCACCUUCAGAAUAAAAGAAAAGAAUACUACAAGUCUUGUCAAUUCUAUAGGUGCCAUUAUAAAUUUAUUAUAAAUGAUCUAUACUGGCUAAAAUAAUUCACAGAUCACCAUGAAUGACAAAUUAGACACAGGUCAGGAAGAAGGACUAAUUCCACAUAUUGUUCUCAUAUUAUAAGUAUUUGGACUUGAAUUUGCAUCAAAAGCAGAGACAAAUAAAAUGAAUAAUAAUAAAAUGUCCUAUUUGUUUUUUUGCAUAAGGCGAUGACUCAUGAUCUGAUGAGUGUGUUCAAUUUCUGUUUAAUAUUGUUUCAGUGUGAUCUGUAUCUCUUGCUGAUCUUUAACUAUUGCUAUUCCAAAAAAAAGAAAAAAAAAACAUGUAGCACAGCAUGUCUUCCCUCCAGGUAUGAACAUCUGUCACUGAUUGGGUUUUACUUCAAUUGUGCCAAACAAGGAAGCGCCAUCUGGAGGUCAGGCACACACCAAAACAAAGACGUUCAGUGUACUGGAUUAAAAAAUAAGAAUCCAAAAUAUUUAACAAGAAACAAUCACUUCUACUAUUAUUUCACUGCCUUUGAAAUGCCAAGUCUGUAUUUUCCUCUCCAUGUCAGACACCAUCCUAUGUAACAACAAACCUCACUAAAUGUGAAUGUCAAGCUCAUCACAUUUCGGACGAGAAACCCAACUGUAGAGAAAUGAAAAGGGACGACUGUGAUCAUGAUGGACAGCCCAACAUCAGCUUAAAUAAAACUGCAUAAUCAAACUGAGCUGAAUGAUUGUUGUCACUCACUUCUUCUCUGUAUUCUGAGGAGGCUGGUGUGGCAGUUAAUGGUGAUGAGCAUUUCCUUCCAGUGCAACUUCUUGGACUAUAAACAGAAUAAUGUACUGUAAUAAUUUUAUUCUUUGAGGUCUGGCAUAAAU